UUCUAUAUAUGAUUUGGGAAAAGUAAUUAGUGUUUAUUUAGUACACCUACUAACAAAAAGGUCUGCUGGUGUCAGAGUUUUAUGCAAUUUCAACUACUAUCAAUUAAAUUGAUUUAAUUAUAAUUAACGAUAGAAACACACACACACAUAGUAAUAUAACUACUACAGAUUGAGAUUACAAAUUCACUCAGUUUCUGAGAAAAAAAAAACAACACUUGGGAAAAUAAUAAAAAAAUGAUUGCCAACGGCAAGCUUCUGCACCACCACCACCACCACCACUUCCAUGGCCGGCAAUCUUUCCUCCGGCCGGAUUAUCUCCGGGUCAAAGGCUGCACCGAAGUUGCCGCCGCUUCUUCCGCGCAGAAACGCUCCCAUUUUUCUGGGUUGCGUCUGUCGUGCUCGCCGUUUCGUUUGGGCUCCGGUGGAUUUUCUCGAUUAUUAUGUAUCGGCAAGUGUGCGCCCGAUAAUUUACCGCCGGAUUAUCCUACUCAUGGAACGGAAUCUCCAAAGAUUAAAGAGGAGGUUUCGUUCACGAACAUUUUAAAGGGGGCGAAUUCUUUUCUACCUCAAGUGGUUAUAGCAAGUACAGUUUUGGCGCUUAUUUACCCUCCUUCGUUCACUUGGUUCACUAACAGAUAUUACGCUCCAGCGUUAGGCUUUUUGAUGUUUGCAGUCGGCGUCAAUUCGAGCGAAAAAGAUUUUCUCGAAGCAUUCAAUAGACCAUCCGCCAUUUUUGCCGGCUACGUCGGUCAAUUUGUUGUGAAGCCGCUUCUCGGUUUUAUUUUCGGCACAAUUUCAAUGACUAUUUUCGGUCUCCCGACUCCCUUAGCUGCUGGGAUUAUGUUAACGUCUUGUGUUAGUGGUGCCCAGCUGUCGAAUUAUGCCACUUUUCUGACGGACCCGCAGAUGGCCCCACUCAGCAUUGUGAUGACGUCGCUAUCGACAGCUACUGCCGUUUUCGUCACCCCGUUUUUGUCCUUACUGCUUAUAGGCAAAAGACUCCCCGUUGAUGUGAAGGGAAUGGUUUCGAAUAUUCUGCAAAUUGUUGUCACUCCGAUUGCAACUGGAUUAUUUUUAAAUAGAUUUUUUCCGAAAAUAUGUGAUGCGAUUCGGGUGAUUCUGCCUCUGCUUUCGGUUUUUGUGACGGCUCUUUGUGUUGGAGCGCCACUCGCUAUCAAUGUGGGGUCGCUGAUGUCAGUGUCCGGAAUUUCAGUGCUGGUGGUGGUGAUUGCGUUCCAUUUGUCGGCAUUUAUCGCCGGAUUUUCUCUCACGGGUCUCGUUUUUCGUGAUUCGCCAGACGUCAAAGCUUUGCAAAGAACACUAUCCUAUGAGACAGGCAUGCAGAGCAGUCUUCUAGCACUUGCACUUGCGAAUAGGUUUUUCCAAGAUCCACUUGUCAGCAUUGCUCCUGCUAUUUCUACCGUAAUAAUGUCGUUAAUGGGAUUCUCUCUUGUAAUGCUGUGGGCUCCAACGAAAAAAUCUGCUGUUUAAUGAGGUGACGACGUAUUUAAACCGAUGAUCCAAUUUUUGUUUUCGUUUUCUGAGUUUAAAUUUGUAUACUAAAUAUGCAUCAUAUAUUAUAAAUAAUAAUGAACACGAAAAAUUAGCCUUUAAAAAUCCUUUUAUAUUACAAAUUUAUUCAUUUGUUUUUCCCCUUUUAAAGCUAUUGAAUGGAAUUUUUUGGAUGUUGAAUGG